AGCAAACUUGAUGAUUACCAGGAACGAAUGAACAAGGGAGAACGUCUAAAUCAAGAUCAGCUGGAUGCAGUGUCAAAAUACCAGGAAGUGACAAAUAAUCUGGAAUUUGCUAAAGAACUGCAGAGGAGUUUCAUGGCUCUGAGCCAAGAUAUCCAGAAGACAAUAAAGAAGACAGCUCGCAGGGAGCAGCUGAUGAGAGAAGAAGCUGAGCAGAAGCGUUUAAAGACUGUGCUGGAGCUGCAGUUCAUUCUGGAGAAGUUGGACGAUGAUGAAGUGCGCAACGACCUGAAACAGGGAUCCAACGGGGUACCAGUGCUCACAGAGGAGGAGCUGACAAUGCUGGAUGAGUUUUACAAGCUGGUGUACCCUGAGAGAGACAUGAACAUGAGGUUGAAUGAGCAGUAUGAGCAAGCAUCUGUUCACCUGUGGGACUUACUGGAAGGGAAGGAAAAACCAGUUUGUGGAACAACCUAUAAAGCACUGAAGGAGGUUGUUGAACGUAUUCUUCAGACUAGUUACUUUGACAGCACCCACAACCACCAGAAUGGGCUGUGUGAGGAAGAAGAAGCAGCACCUGCACCUGCAGUAGAAGACACUGUAGCAGAGGCUGAACCCGAUGCAACGGAGGAAUUUACUGAGCCAACUGAAGUUGAAUCAACUGAGUAUGUAAACAGACAAUUCAUGGCAGAGACUCAGUUCAGCAGUAGUGAGAAGGAACAGGUAGAUGAGUGGACAGUUGAAACGGUUGAGGUCGUAAAUUCGCUGCAGCAACAGACACAAGCGACAUCUCCUCCAGUUCCUGAACCUCACACACUCACUACUGUGGCUCAGGCAGACCCUCUGGUUAGAAGACAGCGAGUACAGGACCUGAUGGCACAGAUGCAGGGCCCCUACAACUUCAUGCAGGAUUCUAUGCUGGAAUUUGAGAACCAAACACUUGACCCUGCCAUUGUAUCUGCACAGCCCAUGAACCCAGCACAGAGUUUGGACAUGCCACAAAUGGUUUGCCCUCCAGUUCAUGCUGAGUCAAGACUUGCCCAGCCUGCUCAAGUUCCUGUGCAACCAGAAGCUACGCAGGUUCCCUUGGUUUCUUCUACAACCGAGGGAUACACAGCCUCGCAACCCAUAUAUCAGCCUUCUCACACAACAGAGCAAUGGCCACAGAAAGAAUCAGUUGACCAGAUUCAGGCUUCAAUGUCACUGAAUGCAGACCAGACCCCAUCCUCAUCAUCACUUCCUACUGCAUCCCAGCCACAAGUGUUCCAGGCUGGAUCUAGCAAACCUUUGCAUAGCAGUGGAAUCAAUGUCAAUGCAGCUCCAUUCCAAUCCAUGCAAACAGUAUUCAACAUGAAUGCACCUGUUCCUCCUGUUAAUGAGCCAGAAACCCUUAAGCAACAAAAUCAGUACCAGGCCAGUUACAACCAGAGUUUCUCCAAUCAGCCUCACCAAGUAGAACAAUCAGAUCUUCAGCAAGAACAACUCCAGACAGUGGUUGGUACCUACCAUGGCUCCCCGGACCAGACUCACCAAGUGGCAGGGAACCACCAGCAACCUCCCCAGCAGAGCACUGGAUUUCCAAGGAACAGUCAGCCUUACUACAACAGCCGAGGAGUGUCCCGUGGUGGAUCCCGUGGGGCUCGGGGCUUAAUGAACGGUUACAGGGGACCUGCAAAUGGAUUUAGAGGGGGAUACGAUGGCUACCGUCCCUCCUUUUCCAACACUCCAAACAGUGGUUACACACAGCCCCAGUUCAGUGCUCCUCGGGAUUAUUCCAACUACCAGCGGGAUGGAUAUCAACAGAAUUUCAAACGUGGCUCUGGACAAAGUGGACCUCGGGGAGCUCCUAGAGGUCGUGGAGGGCCCCCAAGACCAAACAGAGGGAUGCCUCAAAUGAAUGCUCAGCAAGUGAAUUAAACCCACUCACAGGAUUACAUUCAACGCCAAAACCAUGCUGGCCAGUGUACUAUACAUGUUACCAGAAGAGUUAUUAUCUAUUUGUUCUCCCUUACAGGAAGUUUGUUGUAAAGGGACUAUUUUCAUUGCCCAUAAUGACAGGACUCCAGUUGCCAGCUUUAUAUUACCUGGAUAUUGAAAGGAACGAAACAACGUUUACUCUGCAUGUUCUGUCCUAAGCAUCAUCUUGAGCCUUGCACAUGAGAUUCAGAUUCCUCACCCUUGCUAAGAGUAAAGCAAAAAAAAAAGAAAAAUAAAAGGCAAUUUUCAGGGUGAUCCAAUCUCCAUGGUUAACUGAAGUGGCAGGAAAAAGCAAAGACUCACUUCUGACAUUUAAAAGUGAUUUAACAAAUUGGGAUAAAAUCUGCACAUUGAUAAAGAUUUACUGGUGGCAGUUGGCAAAACUUAACGUUCCCAUGACAGGAUGGAAAAGGUGAAGUGUGGCUUGGUAGAGCAACUGCAUUUCAGCUUUUUCUUUCUCAAUUGAAGCACUGAACAGUUCGAGAUGUGUAGUGAUGCAAUUGCCCUAAAUAGACACGUGGGCUUAGAGCCAGUUUUUGACCAAGAAGAAGCACCCUUAGCUGCAGCACUCCUCAUCACCAGGGCCCUGAUUCCUGUGGCUAAGGGUUUCUGAGCGCUUGCAUAACUGCUAAUGUAACUGUGUAAUUACUUUUUCUAGGAGAAAAGAGAAACAAACACACACA